UUUGUCUGUAGGUACACUGCAAAACAAUCCCUCUCCUCCUGUUCGCUUUACUUCAACAACCAACUCAGAGAAUUCAUAGAAGUUGUGGUGAAAGUAGCACCGUGACAUAGUCGCCCCCCACGGUGCGUUAUUGGUGUGUUUCUGCUCAUAUGAAACGAGUCACCGUCGGGCUCACAGUGACACAGUCUCGCUCCAAUGUCGUGCACGCUGGUUGGCCCCUCUGGAGCUCGGGUCUCUCUGGAGGAUGGACGAGCGCUGAUUCUGGGCCGGGGUCCGGACACCGGCGUCGCCGACAAGAAAUGCUCGCGGCACCAGGUGAAGGUGGUGGCUUGCUAUGCAGACCAGGAUGUGGUUGUUACUCAGCUGGGUCCAAAUCCCAGUUUCUUGGAUGGUGAGCAGCUGGGGCGGGGCCAGUCUGGUAGACUCACCCAUGGAGGCACCCUCUACAUGGUUAACCAGAACCAUCCAUUUAAACUGCACUUUUCCCUGAGCUCAAAGGGCGCUGCAUCCAGCGCUGCACAGAAAGGACUAAAAGCUGCAGAUAAGACAAAGGGGGGAAGAAACGAGAAAGAAAAGGUGGCACAGUCGAGUCCAAAUCCCAAGCGCAGUAUCAAGGAUUUCUUUUCUACCUCUCCUAUUAAGUCAUCUAAAAGACGACUGAGCCCAGAUAGGGGGCACCCCGAGGUGAAGCGCCAAAGAAGAGGUGAGGAGGCCUCAGAUAGCCGUAUAAAGGAAGAGGAGGAGGAUGAGGAGGAUGAGGAGAGACUGGCAGAGGAGAAGCUCAAGCAGCUGCAGGAGUUGGCAGAGAAGUCUAUGACGGAGAGUAGUAACACGACCCACCCCUCAUCUUCUUCAUUGUCUGUGUCGUCUUCAAAGGGCUGUCUAAAGAGCAGCUGGCAGCAGAUAGGCAACCUGUUGCUUUACACUGCUGCUGGUGUCAGAGGCAGUAACAAGAUUGCUGGGUUCGACAUUGAUGGCUGCAUCAUCACCACCAAAUCUGGCAAAGUCUUUCCCACCACACCAGAUGACUGGAGGAUUCUGUACCCUGAGAUUCAGCCAAGACUGGCCAGCUUGCUCAAAAAAGGAUACAAGGUGGUAUUCUUUACCAACCAGAUGGGGAUCGCUAAAGGCAAACUGAGGCCGGAAGUCUUCAAGUCUAAAGUGGAGGAUAUCCUCACCAAGCUGCAGCUACCUGUGCAGGUUUUUGUGGCAACCGGUCCGGGGAUCUACAGGAAACCAGUAAUGGGAAUGUGGAAUCACUUGUGUGAGAAGGCAAAUGAUGGUGUGACUGUUGACCACAAACAGAGUUUUUAUGUUGGAGAUGCGGCAGGUAGACCAGAGAACUGGGCUCCAGGGAAGAAGAAGAAGGAUUUCUCCUGCAGUGAUCGACUGUUUGCUCUGAACAUUGGGUUGCAGUUCCAUACCCCAGAGGAGUACUUCCUCGGCUGGAAGAGCGCCCCAUACAGUCUGCCUAAUUUUGACCCUAGGAAGAUUGACAGCACUGCAAAACUUUACGACCCGCCGUCUGCUUCUCUCACCUCCAGCCAGACAGAAGUAAUUGUCGCCGUGGGUUUCCCUGCAUCGGGUAAAUCCACAUUCUUCCACACCCACAUCAUUCCAAAAGGUUAUGUGUACGUCAACAGGCUAUGUGGACGUGGCCAAGGCCACAGGAGUGCCCUGUCGCUGUUUUCUCUUCUCAGCCUCUCUGGAGCAAGCCAAACACAACAACAGAGUAUGACUCACCUCCCCACACUGUCACUCUUUUAUCUCAUUUUGUUUUAUCCUAGCUGGUAAGGACAAGUGUUUUUUAACGCGUUAUUGUUGUUCCCAGUUCCGUGAGAUGACUCCAUCAGACAAAAAACACGCCAAAGUCAAUGACAUGGUUUUCCACAGCUACAAGUAAGAAAGAAUAACCUUUCUUCACACACUCUCACUGGUUAAACAACGUAUUUGUGUAACGUAUGCACGUAUUGUUUUUUUUAAUUCUAGGAAUAAAAACACUUAUUAGUAAUAGCUCUGGUACUGACCACUCUAAUCAGGCUCACUCUCUGGACAGGAAACACUUCGUGGCCCCUGCUCUCUCUGAGGGAUUCUCCGAGAUCCUCCAGAUCCAUUUUGUCCCGAAAUUCAAAGACAGCCAAUCAGAAACUCUGUUCCGGCAGUUUUCUGAGGGCUGAUCGGACAGCUCACCUUUGACUUUUACAGUCUCACUGACACUGACUGGACAGCAACAGUCACAGACAGACACACCAAGUUUGUCAGUAGACUGUGACAUGUUUUUCUAUUUCAGCUGCCUGACAUCUGUGGUUAUAUGGCGUAUUCUUACAUGCACACUGUAUGGCUAAUGGCCUGCUGAAGACUAAUGAUGUUAACUCGAUUUGCAGCACUGAAUCAGGUCCUUCCAUUCAUGCCGUGUUCUAUCAAACAAUUAAACAGUGGUGAACAUACACAGAUAUGUUUCCAUUGAAUAUGUGGCUAAGGAACUGAUUAUGCAUGUGUUGUACGUGUUGAGUUGAGAAAGAAUGCAAUGUAAAAGCAACCAGAAUUACAUUUUUAUGUUGUGUAUGAUUUUGUGAACAGAGAAUGAGUUUACAGCACCAAAGCAAUAAAAAUCUAUUCUAUUCCAUUUGACAAAUAAAGCCUCUGAAAGCGCUACUGAA